GGGACGGGCUGCUAGUUAUGUAUAAAAAUGAAACCAGUUGCCCGUUGUCACGUCAUAUCUUGAGAACGGCUAGACCGAUUAGGCUGACCUUUUUUUGUUGUUUUUGUAGUCAGGAGAAGGUUCUUACGUCAGAAAAAUUCUGAAAAUUCUACGAGAACGGGAGAAAUGAGACUUAUAUAUAAAAAAGAAAAGAAACUAACUUAUGACAUCGAAAUAAUUAUCCUCAUCUCAAUAAUUAGUCAUGAAGAAGGGUGCUUAAUAACUAGGAGCAUUGCCACGUUGGAUGGCAUCUUGACAACCCUAGAAAUGUCAGUUUGACAUACGUGUUAUGUCAUAAUAUGUCACAGAGAUGAUCUUUAAGUUGAUGGCUCUAUGGUUUAUGGACUGCUUUGAGUUGUAGUCUGACCAAUUUGACUCAAUCACAAACUUGACUAACUUGAGGUAAAUAAUAUAUAUGAAUUUUGAUUAAUGCAAAGAAUUCAAUCAAAGUAAUGUUUUAAUCCUGCAAUGAUAUAAUUUGAUUAAGUGUAUCAAAAAUAACUAAGUUGAAGAGCACGUAGUAUAUUUAUAAGCAAUUGAAAGCGAAAAUGCCAGGAUUAGCAACAAUGUCUCUGGAUAAUAUGUUUUGUACCCGCUGUGGGGAUGGUUUUGAGCCAAAUGAAAAAAUUGUCAACUCAAACGGAGAACUUUGGCAUACCAACUGCUUUGUGUGUGCACAAUGCUUCCGUGUGUUUCCCGAAGGCAUAUUCUACGAGUUUGAAGGACGUAAGUACUGUGAACGAGACUUCCAAGUGCUGUUUGCUCCUUGCUGCGGAAAAUGUGGGGAAUUCGUAAUUGGCCGUGUGAUUAAAGCAAUGAAUGCCAACUGGCACCCUGCAUGCUUCCGUUGUGAGGAAUGUAAUGUGGAGCUGGCCGACGCAGGUUUUAUUAAAAAUGGUGGGCGUGCUCUCUGCCAUACUUGCAAUGCUCGCAUCAAGGCUGAUGGGUUGUUGAAUUACAUGUGCCAUAAGUGCCAUGGCGUGAUCGACGGCGAACCUCUGCGUUACCGUGGCGAGGUGUAUCAUGGCUACCACUUCACAUGUGCCACAUGCGGAGUAGAACUGGAUCAUACAGCUAGAGAAGUCAAACAUCGCCCUGGAUAUGCUGCCAAUGAUGUGAACAAUCUCUUCUGCCUCCGUUGCCAUGACAAGAUGGGUAUCCCCAUUUGCGGAGCUUGCCGACGUCCUAUCGAGGAGAGAAUUGUCACUGCCCUUGGAAAGCAUUGGCAUGUUGAGCACUUCGUAUGUGCCAAAUGUGAGAAGCCAUUCCAUGGUCAUCGCCAUUACGAGAAGAAGGGACUUGCCUACUGCGAGCAGCAUUACCAUCAGCUGUUUGGAAAUUUGUGCUAUGUGUGCAACCAAGUCAUUGCUGGUGAUGUUUUCACGGCAUUGAACAAAGCAUGGUGUGUACAUCAUUUUGCCUGCUCCGUUUGCGAUGCACCACUGAGUACCCGAAGUAAAUUCUACGAAUAUGACGAACGCCCUGCUUGCCGACGCUGUUACGAGAAGUUCCCAGCCGAAUUGCGCCGUAGACUGCGUCGUGCGCACCACUACACUAUCCGACGUUAAAAUAUAAUAUUUUACGAUACAUGCAAAAAAACUCAUAAUCUCCAUAAAAUUGUUUCAAUUUUAAUAUUGUUUUAUAUGUCAGCAAUUAAAUGCACUGUGCCUUUAUCUAAGGUCGUACGAUACAAGAAAAGUACAAAAUUCAUUCCGGUAUUUAUGAAAAAUCAAGUUUUUGAGCACCAAUUGGCGCUACUAACGUGUUAACUCUUAUGUCUAACCAAUUCAAUGUCGUUACAGUUAACUGCAUUUAACACUUGUUUCGGACCAUUGUCCUUAAUGAAUGGUACAAGAUUUAUUAUUAAUUUGCCUCAUAAAUUAAUGUGCCUUAUAAUGUUAUUUUUUGUGCCUAAAUAGUAAUAAAAGGAAAGUAUAUUUAAUAACAAGUAGAUCUUAUGUUAUUGAUAAUUUUAUUUAAUAUAGAUGUUUUAGAUAUAAUAAGUAAAUAGAUAUAUAAUAUAAUAAGUAAAAAUGUUAUCAACCGUAUUUUUAUGGGCUUAGAUUAUUGACUUUACUACUCUAUUAUAUAGAUUAACAAUGUAAUGUAGAAUUAUAAAAAAAAAAUACAUAAAAUACUAAUGAUUACUUUUAUAUCAUCUUGUUUUACUAAUGAUUUGUAGAAAUAUAAUAACUUGUAACAAAAA